CUGAACUGAAGACCCAACAGCAACUGAACACAGCUGGGGUGUUCAGCCCAGGUUUGUGAAGAAACAGCUGCAAAACUACAAGUCCCAGGAUGCCUUUCACUGAACAUGGUGUUUAUAUAGAGUUCAUACCUCAAUGUGAUGGCUGGAGUCUGUUUUCCAUAGGCUCCUGACUAGGUUAAAUAAGGCGGAGCAAAUGGCUCCACCCCAGAAGUGUCUAGAAUUGUAUUUGAGCCAAGCCCCAGGGUGGAGCCGGAACUGACCUUUGUACUUCAUGCUGGUCAAGGUUGGUGGGAACUGGCUGUGCGGUUCUGGAACUGGCUGCCGUCCUGACACGUCUCAGAGCUGCAAGCAGGUACUGCGGUGAGCUGUCAUGGCCUCUCAGCUACUUGGCCUGACAGAAGAGUCUGGCCUGAGCCCUGGGGAGUCUGAACUGGCUGUGAACCCCUUUGACGGGCUUCCCUUCUCUUCCCACUACUACGACCUGCUUGAGCAGCGCCGAGCCUUGCCCAUCUGGGCUGCUCGCUUUGUCUUCUUGGAGCAAUUGGAGAGUAGCCCCAGUGGAGUGGUGAUUGUGUCCGGAGAGCCUGGCUCUGGCAAGAGCACCCAGAUCCCUCAGUGGUGUGCAGAGUUUGCACUGGCUAGGGGAUGCCAGGUAACUGUCACUCAGCCCUACCCUCUGGCAGCCCUGAGCCUGGCCCUGCAGGUUGCUGAUGAGAUGGACCUGACCCUGGGUCAUGAGGUUGGAUACAGCAUCCCCCAGGAGGAUUGCACUGGGCCCCAAACCCUGCUCAGGUUUUGCUGGGACAGGCUGCUUCUUCAGGAGGUGGCCUCAACCCGGGGCACUGGAUCCUGGGAUGUGCUGGUACUGGAUGAGGUUCAAGAGCGGUCAGUGGCCUCAGACUUGCUCCAGGGGCUGCUGCGAGAUGCCAGGCUGGGAAACCUUCCAGGGGACCCCAAAGUGGUGGUGGUCACUGACCCAGCCCUUGAACCUAAGCUCCAAGCCUUCUGGGGCAAUCCUCCUAUUGUACGUGUACCCAGAGGGCCUGGCAGGUGUCCCACUCCCACCUACAGGGACACUGUCCCUCCUGAUCGAGUGGAAGCUGCCUGCCAAGCUGUGCUUGAAUUGUGUCGAAAGGAGGCUCCAGGAGACGUGCUAGUGUACCUGCCCAGUGAGGAGGAAAUUUCCCUGUGCUGUGAAUCCUUGUCCAGGGAGGUAGGGACCUUGGCAAUCCAAGGACCUCCACCACGGGUGCUGCCCCUUCACCCAGGCCAUGGUCAAGCUGUCCAGGCUGUGUAUGAAGACACAGACUCGGGUGCCCGAAAGAUUGUGGUCACUCACUGGCUGGCUGACUUCUCCUUCUCCCUCCCUUCCAUUCGGCAUGUCAUUGACUCAGGACUGGAGCUUCGCAGUGUGUACAAUCCUCAGAUCCGAGCAGAAUCCCAAGUGUUGAGACCAAUCAGCAAGUGUCAGGCAAAGGCAAGACAACUACGGGCAAGAGGGGCCCCUCCAGGAUCCUGCCUCUGCCUGUAUCCUAAGUCCUUCCAAGAGCUAGAAGCUACCCCAUUGCCCCAACCCAGGCUGUGUGAGGAAAAUCUGAGCCCCCUGGUAUUACUGCUAAAGAGGAGACAGAUUGCAGAGCCAGGGGAGUGUCACUUCCUGGACCGGCCUGCUCCAGAAGCACUGAUGCAGGCCCUGGAAGACUUAGACUACCUGGCAGCCCUGGAUGACAACGGACACCUGUCAGACUUAGGUGUCAUCCUAUCAGAGUUCCCUCUGCCCCCUGAGUUGGCCAAAGCCCUGCUGGCUUCAUGCGAGUUUGAGUGUGUGGAUGAGAUGCUCACCCUUGCUGCCAUGCUCACGGCUGCCCCCGGGUUUACCCAUCCUCCACUCUGUGCAGAGGAAGCUGCUUUACGCCGGGCCCUGGAGCAUGCGGACGGUGACCACAGUUCUCUGAUCCAGGUGUAUGAAGCCUUUCUACAGAGUGGAGCAGACAAGGCUUGGUGCCAGGCUCGGGGUCUAAGCUGGGCAGCACUGUGCCAAGCCCAGAAACUUCGAGGAGAACUCCUAGAACUUAUGCAACGAAUUGAACUUCCCUUGUCCCAACCAGCCUUUGGCUCUGAGAAGAAUCGCAGAGACCUUCAGAAAGCACUGGUGUCUGGAUACUUCCUUAAGGUGGCCCAAGACACGGAUGGGACUGGAAAUUACCUGCUCCUAACGCAUAAGCAUGUGGCCCAGCUCUCCCCAUCCUGCUGCUACCGAAGCCGCCGGGCUCCAGCCAGGCCCCCACCGUGGGUGAUUUACCACAGUUUCUCCAUUUCCAAAGACAAUUGCCUUUCCAUUGUUUCUGAGAUUCAACCACAGAUGCUGGUGGAGUUGGCCCCUCCAUACUUCCUGAGUAACCUGCCUCCCAGUGAAAGCAGAGACUUCCUGGACCAGCUGAGGGAAGAAAUGACAGAUUCUUCAACAGAGAGUGAAUCCUCCUCCACCCAAGAAUUUAGAGAUGCCUGUGUCCUGCAGUGACCUGCCUAAGGAAUGGAGCAGAUCUCAUCUCAUUGUAUUCAAUACUUCCUUACUCUGGCACCAAGGCAACCAGCCAGAUUUAAAAGCCGGAAGUUGCCCCGCGGGUGUGGCUUAGAAGUUGAGUGUAGACCUAUGAACCAGGAGGUCUAAGUUCGAUUUCCAGUCUGGGUAUGUGCCCAGGUU